AUGACUUCCAAUGGACCCACAAUUGUUGUAGGUUCGGGAUUAGCUGGGUUGACAACGACGUUGGAGUUGUUAUCGCAGAAUCAUCAUGUUAUCCUCUUGGAGAAAACCGAUAAGUUAGGUGGCAAUUCCGCCAAGGCGUCGUCCGGUAUCAACGGUGUGCCUACUAAAUUCCAGCAUAACGACGAUACUGUGGACGCGUUCAAGUCAGAUACCAUCAAGUCCGGAAAGGGGCUUUCGAAUCUCGAGUUGGUUGAUGUCUUGACUUUGAAUUCUAAAAAUGCCAUUGAGUGGUUAACCGAGGAGUUGGCGAUUGAUCUUUCGCUGGUUGCGCAAUUGGGGGGACAUUCGUUUGCCCGCACUCACAAGGGGGCGGGGAAACUACCUCCUGGAUUCGCCAUUAUCCAGGGUAUCACUGCCAAGAUUGAUGAGUUGCAGAAUGCCACGCCUGCAGCGGUGGGCAUAUUGAAAAACAGCCGGCUUGAACGUCUUGUUGUUGAACAACAGGGAGAAGGAAAAGGUUUAAAAGUUAAAGGUGUCGAGUAUAAAGACACCGCAACGGGUGAAGUCAAGGUUGUGCUUGGUGACAAUGUUGUGCUUGCCACUGGCGGGUUUUCGGCUGAUUCUCAAGUGUUGGACAAAUCUUUGCUUCACCGGUUCAGACCUGACUUGUUGAAGUUCCCCACGUCCAACGGCGAACAAACUACUGGAGAUGGACAAAAGAUUGCCGAGAGAGACGUUGAUGCCGACUUGAUCCAUAUGGACCAAGUUCAAGUCCACCCCACGGGGUUCAUCAACCCCAAGGAUGUCGCUUGCAACUGGAAGUUUCUAUGCGGCGAAGUCAUGCGAGGCAUUGGAGGCAUCUUGCUUUCCCCGCAAGGCAACAGAUUUGUUAACGAAUUGACUACGAGAGAUGUAGUCACCGAUCACGUUUUGCAAGUUUGCGAAAUAACAGCGGAAAAUGAAUUUGGCUUGCCCGUGGGGUCAUUUGCCUCCGUGUUAGUGGUGAGUGACGAAGAUGCUGCAAAGGCACCCAACCAUAUUGGUUUUUACAAGUUUCAAGGGUUAUUGGACAAGGGCACCACCAAAGACUUGUUGCAGUUGUUGCGGAAAAUCCACCCGAGUAAUGCCAAUGUCUCCGUGCAAGAUUUGCAACUUGUGAUUGACGAGUACAAUUCCGCCAUUGCCAAGGGGAAAGAUGCAAAAUACGGCCGCACGGUAUUUGGCCAACCCAUCACGGGCGAAUUUUACUUUGGAUUAACUACGCCCGUUUUGCAUUUCGCCAUGGGUGGCAUCAAGAUUGAUGAAUCUGCCCGCGCCAUCAACAAAAAGGGACAAGUGAUUGAAAAUUUGUACGCGGUGGGGGAAGUCAGUGGCGGGUUACAUGGAGGCAACAGGCUAGGUGGCAGCUCAUUGUUGGAGUCGGUGGUGUUUGGCAAGAAAGCCAGUCGUAGCAUUCUUGGAAAACUGCAAACACAGCAACAACAAAAACCAGGACAUAUUUGA